AUGGACAGUGGAGUUCCUCACAUCCCAAACCUGCGGAUUGUGCUUCUGGGAUACAGAGUAGGUGGGAAGAGUACAGUGGGGAACCUCAUUCUGGGGAAACAGGAGUUUGACACCUCAAAGAGGACAGCUCGGUGUGUGGAGAAAGAGGGAGAAGCUUCCCAGAGGAAGGUGACCUUGGUAGAAGCACCAGGCUGGUGGAAAGGCUACCGCAUGGAGGACACUCCAGACCGUGAUAAGCGGGAGAUUGUCCUCAGUGUGUCUCUGUGUCCUCCAGGACCCCAUGCACUGCUCCUGGUUGUUGAUGUAACCGAUCCAUUAGUGGCAGAAUACAGAAAUGCGCUAAAACAACAUCUGGAGCUUCUCGGUGAGAAAGUAUGGAGUCACACAAUAGUGGUGUUUACAAAAGGGGGCUGGCUGGGAAACACAGCCAUGGAGGAGUACAUUGAAAGUGACAGGAGUGGUCUGCAGUGGCUUGUUGAGAAAUGUGGGAACCGUUAUCAUGUUCUGGAUAAGUAUAGACGAGAGGAUGUUCAAGUCACUGAGCUGCUUGAGAAGAUAGAGGAGAUGGUCGCAGGAAACUCUGGCAAUCAUUUUCACUUUGACAGAGAGAUCUUGCAGAAAUUGGAAGAGAAGAAAAUGGAAGACGAGAAAAGAAAAAGCAUGGCCAUUCAGGCAGAAACCUAUUUUGACAAAACUGUUAACAUUGAUGUCAAUGACGUCCAGAAAGAGUGCGUUUUGGGGCUUGCCUUGAUAUAA